AUGCUGCGAUCCCUUGACGACGACUUGUCGAUUCCCAAGGAGGGAGGAGCGCUAGAAUGGUUGGAGGGGAUGCAGUCGACGGUCAAUGGCGGGAGCUCGUCGCUGCGAGGGUUUGCAGCUCCGUCGUUUGAGGAGCAAGACAAGGCCAAGCGAGUGUUUCCCCAGCGACAUCGACCAUCUCACGUGACGGACGAGCGAUGGGGCAGCUCGUUCAGACCGCGGCAGGAGGAGGGGCUUGUGCUGCCGGACUAUGAAAAGAGCGAAAACAAGCACGAGGGGUCGCAGGCGAGCGUCGGAGUGACGCUCGUCAAGCUCGAGGGACGACGACCUGUGGUGGUCGACUUGACCCCGCGAGGAAGAGAAAUGGCGGAGCUGACGCGAAAGAUCGCGAGCGGCGACGCGAUCGUAGGAGUAGGAGAGUUUGAGGUGGAGGAGGACACAAGCCUGCUGGAUGUGGAGCGACUGCUGGUAGGACAGCGAGGAAGCUGCGUCACGGUUGACCUGCUCCGGCCCUUUCCUCUUUCCGACGCUCACGGGAGGAGGGAGAUGUGCAGAAGAGAUGCGACGGCGAAAGAAGUGAAGGAAGGAGUGGUGUAUUCCAUCCAAGCUGUCAGGUUCUGCUCCUUCUUAGGAACCACCAUCAACAACAACAACAUCCAGGAGAUCUCGCGUAUGUCCCCGCCCAGGCUGAAGAAGAAAACAGAAAAUUCGCAGCUCGCCGACCCCGUCCAAGUUCUCGCUACAGCGUCACAAACAAGAGACGAGGAGGUAGCAGAGACAAGCUCGUGGAACUUGGAGGCGCCGCAACGAGUCGUUUCAGAUGAGCCUCCUCCUCCUGUUGCUCAGCUUGUGAGGGAGAUAGAGAGACAGCAGACUGCGAUCAGUGAAACCUUCAUCGAGCUAGAGAAACGAUCGUACCCGGACGAGAACGCGGCGCGCUCGAAGAAGCUGCUGCAGGAAAUCUUACAGAUGAGAAACGAAGACGCGAACACCUUGCGGAGAAUCGAAAAGUGCAACGGAGAUGGCGAAAUGCUAUUGAGAGAGAUCCAUGACAUGGAGCUGAGAAACACAAGCCUGGUGGACAAGUGCGUGGAGCUGUUCAAGAGGCUGGUGGAGGCUGUCGACGGGCACGUGAGAGGGGUGAAGGAGCUGCAGACACGAGACUUCGAGCAGCUGCAAGCUCAGAAGAUUGUCAGUCUGCAGACAGGUUUGGAGGAGCAGGAGAGGAGGCAGAGAAAGGUGGAGGAGGAGCUCUCCUGCCUGUACCGGCAGCUCUUCAAUGCUCAGCGAGCCUACGACGUGGAGACAGCACGACUGCGGCUGGAAAAGAUGGCGAUGGAGAAGAAGAUGCAGUCGCAGCUUCAGGUGCUGGAGAAAUUCAUGAGACAUGAAGUUGAGCAGCAGAACGUGAGAGACAAACUACAACAACAUCUCGCCCUGUUGCCCGAGGAGAUGACAGAGAGGUACUUUGCAUCCUCCCUCCUCCUCCUCCUCAUCAUCAUCAUCAUCAUCAUCAUCAUCACCAUCAUCAUCAUCAUCAUCAUCAUCAUCAUCAUCAUCAUCAUCAUCAUCAUCAUCAUCAUCAUCAUCAUCAUCAUCAUCAUCAUAUCUCAAUCAUCUCCUUCUUGUCCGUCUCUUCCCAUCCUACAGAGCGUGAGACAUGGCAGGCAAGACUUGCAGCAAAAGCUCGAGGAGCUUCACGCUCGUCGUCUCUUGUCCGGGCAGGAGCAUCAUGAGGACGAGGGUGUGGUGGAGGCUGUGGAGAAGAAUAUCAUCAAAGGUGGUGACAAGCUCCUCCUCCGUCCUUCCUCCUAG